AUGGAUGACGUUGACAAUUUUGCUGCUUGGCUGAAUAUUGUAAUGGAUCAAUAUGACAAUUCAGGACUAGCUAAGUUGGUGAUGCUGCUGUGGUCCGUUUGGAAAGCUCGGAAUAUGGUGGUCUGGCAUGAAACAUACCUUCAUGUCGAUGAGGUAAUUAGAACUGCUCAGUUUACUCUUGAUCAUUGGAUGGAAGCUCAGCUGAAAUAUUUUACUCCGUCAAUCGCGUUUAAGCAUGCGAAGGAUGGUAGUGAGCGUUGGACGAAACCAGAUAUGAAUACAAUCAAGAUAAAUGUUGACUCAGCCCUUUUCGAUGAUGAAAACUGUUUUGGUUUUGGGUGUGUUGCUCGUGAUCAUUCAGGAAGAUUGUUGGGAGCUAAGGCGGCAAGCAAAAUCGGAAAAACAUCCGCGGAUCUAGCAGAGGUGAUAGCUGUUAAGGAAGCUUUGAGCUGGGUCAAAACAAAGCAGUGGAGCAAGGUGGUGGUGGUGGAGUCUGAUUGUAUGAAAGUGGUGCAAGCUUUACGUAGUUCAGUGUAG